AUGACUGACAUUACGCAAUGGACUGCGCCAGUUGGGUGCGUUGAGCAUUAUCGAGGCAUUCUUGAGCGCCACGUUAAUGCGCAACCGCCUCAUUGGUGUCAGGAACCUGCUGUCGGAGAGGUCUUUGAUAAUAGAAAGGAUGCGGAGGUUCGCUUGCAAUUAUGGGCGCUCAUCGCAGGGUUUGAUGUUGUUUGUAAAGGCGGUGGAUCCUCCAAGGUUCCAGGAGGCCUUUAUCGGUGUAUACACCACGGUAAGGAGUCGAGGAAUGACCAUGGGCUCGAGGAUCGAGUGACGCGUAAUCCUAAGGGCAAAAUCACCUCAUUGCGUAAGCGUGAGAGCACUAAAGUGUACCCAACUAACUGCGAUUGGCGCGUUAACCUUGCAUUCAUCAUGAUCGAUAAAAAGGAUGAGUCUCAGGGACGACAAUGGACCUUUACGAAGGUCUCACUCACUCACACAGGUCAUCCCUUGACCGCCAACCCUUUUGCCGCCUAUCUAAAUCACCGUAAAAGGCUUGCGGAGUGGAAGGACUUGAUUGCAAAGGCCACAGCUCAUCGUAGAGCCAAAGUCGUGUAUUCCAGCUCAAGGAGGAUCAUAGAGAGUGAGGAAUUCGCCCUCCACCUGUCCGUUAAGGAGUAUUACAACACAAUGCGUAAAAAGCCUGUGGACAAGGAUAAUGAUAAAUCAAUCAUUGGUCUCGUUCAUGAGAUUCAAGAGAGUAAUUGGCACUGCGAAUUUAGGAGUGAGGUUUAUGAGGAUGAGGAGGGUAAGGUCGUCGGCAGAAAACUCAUUCAAGUGUGGUUUACGCACCCAAAAUUAAUGUCCUAUACAAAGAGGUUUGUUAGCGACUUCAUCAUUUACAUUGACGGCACCUUCAACACCAAUAAAUUAAAGAUGCCACUCCUCAUCGCUGUCGGUCAAUUAAACAGUGGUAAAACCUUCCCUGUGGCCUUUUCCUGGUGUCCUGAAGAGGAUGAGGCGUCAUACACCUUUUUUUUGGCAGUGCCUCAAGGAUUACUGUUUUGA